AUUUUACUUUUUAUAAUGGCCGAAAUAGAGCACAGCGACGAGGAUGGAGCGGAGGAGUUUUAUUUUGAGUCGGAUUACCUGCCUAUCAAAGGCAACAAGGACUACAGAAGACUUUUACGAACCAUUCUAACCCUUCAAGUGCAAAGGGAGCAAGCUAUUAAGGACAUCGAUAAACUUCAUGAGGCACAAAAGAGAGCCUUGGAAAGUCCUAUUGAGUUUGUCAAUAAAAUCGCCAAAGGAGAAGAUGUUGGAAUUCCGCCCGAGCUUAAAUUGGAGGAGCUCCCAGAAAUUGACUGGAGUCAAUACCAAGAGUACAUGCCCGAGUCAAACAGGCCAUUUACGCGGAAGCUAAAGGAAGAAGUGACACAAAGUCCAAAUUUGGAUUCAAAGUCUGAGGAUGGCAGCGCAAUGAGGGUCCGUGGAAAAGUUUUUAACGAUGAGAAACCAGAAACCUUCAAUCAGCUGUGGACGCCUGCUGAGCAAAAGAGGCUUGAAGAACUUCUUGAGGAAUUUCCACCUGAGGAUAUUGAAUCAAGACGGUGGGAAAAAAUUGCCAGAGCUUUAGGAAAUCGAACUCCAAUGCAAGUUCAAAGUCGUGUCCAAAAGUAUUUUAAGAAGCUACAUUCAAUGGGCUUGCCUGUUCCGGGACGACUUCCCAGGGCAAGAUCAAAUUUUAUGAAAAAGCCUCACAAGCAUCAGCGUUUGAACCAUUUCUACAUGAAGCCAUCUACGUUUUUCCCAGAAUUAGAUCCUCCUGUCCUGAUGACCGACGAUGAUCUUAAUUCCAUGAACGAUAGCUCUCAAGGCUAUGCAGACAGUAAUUCUGCAGACGAGGUGCCAACUUCGUGUUCAACUUCAAAUCAGGCAGAUUUGCUGGCGAUGGUCAUCAAAGACAAGGAAGUCGGGUACAAAGGAGAGCAUGACGGAUUCUCGUGUGAUGGGUGUAGUGAGAGCCCAAUCAAAGGCACCCGGUGGCACUGUGAAGACUGCGCCCAGGAGCACAGGUCGUUUGAUCUCUGCACCGACUGCCUGACUGCUCAGUUGAUGGGGGAACUAAAGGUGAUGGCCACUUCUCUGCACAAGGAGCACCACAAAAUUAUACCUAUCAGAAAAGGACCGCCCAUAGCUGCCGCUUCAUCCUCUACUUGGGACCCUGACUACCUCACUCCGUCCUCGUCUUACAAUUAUUUGGAUCCAAAUUUUAUGCCUGAUUAAGUGAAUAAAGUUUAUUUUAAGAUACCAAUUUUUGUGAUUGCUUGUAAAAAAAAUUCAAUAAACUUCUAACUUCUCUCCU